AUGUCUGAGCGAAAGGUUCUUACCAAGUACUACCCACCCGACUUCGACCCGUCGGCGAUUGGGCGUACUCCCAAACACCUCCGCAAGACCGGCCCGAAGGUCAUCACCGUGCGCCUGAUGGCGCCUUUCUCGAUGAAAUGCACCAACUGUGGAGAAUAUAUCUACCGCGGUCGCAAAUUCAAUGCUCGCAAGGAGUCCCUCGAAGAAAGAUAUCUCUCGAUCCCAAUCUACCGAUUCUACAUCCGAUGCACCCGAUGCAGCGGCGAGAUUACAUUCCGUACAGACCCAAAGAAUAUGGAUUACGAAUGUGAGCGCGGCGCAAAACGUAACUUCGAACCCUGGCGCGACCCCAAAUCCGAAAAAUACAAUGAAACCCAAGACGAAACCCUCGAUCGACUCGAACGUGAAGAGAACGAGGAGCAGGAGCAGCUCGAGCGCGAUAAGAUGGCCGAGCUGGAGGAGAAGAUGCAAGACUCCAAGCGCGAGAUGGCGAUCGCGGAUGCCCUGGACGAGAUCCGCACACGGAAUGCCCGCAUUGAGCGCAAUGAGGCAUUAGGCGAUGAGGCAGCUUUGAACCAGGCCCGGGACGAUGUAGAUGAGGCGCAGCUGCGGGCUGAGCGAGAAGACGAAGAGGCCGCGCGCAAGGCGUUCAUGACGACGUCGGGUGAGCGCGUGAAGAGAAUCGUGGAAGACGAGGAGCCGGCUGCGUCUGCUCCGGCUCCUGUCCCAGAGUCCAAGAGUGCAGCGCAGUUGCAAAUGCCCCCGCCGUCGGCCUCCUUCGCUAGAGUGAAGCGGCCCAAGAAGCCCGCGGUCUCUAGCUUGGGGAUCAAGAAGAAGCCAUCUCUGAUAUGA